CCUAUUGAGUUUCUAAAGCAAUGCUCUCAACGAAGCCUUAUUUCUGCUAAAAAUAGUAUCAAGAUGCACUAUAUCUUAAAUUAGCCAAAAACACGCUUAAAAACUCCAAGUCCAAGUUAUAAUAAAACAAUAAAUUAUGAACUGUCUGCAUUUGAAGAGGGGUAAGAAUGCGUUGACCGAAGACACCUUUGAGAAAUGGGUUAAUGAGGACACUGAGUUCGAUAUAAAAUGACCCGUGAGUCGCAGAUGCUGUCACAGUUACCUUGAACCGGCCAUCGUUUAAAGUUGCAAUAUGUCUUUAAAGCUGCUAUCAUGCUUGUUUGUGCUUAUAAUGGCAAUUAUUGCCUGUGAAGGAGACUCCCGGAACUCCUUUAGGAACCCUAAGUAUCGGAUUAUGUACUAUCGGAAUCAGGGUUACGAUGGAGAUCUCUCAGUCGAGAAUCAGGAAGAGGUCCAGGAAUAUGACAAUGAUGAAAAUGACGGUACGGAGGAUAGAAUCCUAGGACAGAAGGGUCUGUCGGAGAAUAUCCAGAGCUAUAUCGCUGGGAAUCCAAAAAGCGUUCCGGUAAUAUACUCCAUGGAACGACAGAUGCGUAGGCUAGUUAAACUUCAUUACCAAAGUGAGGUUACCAAUAAAAGUAUUCUGUCCGUGCUGGAGAACACUCAGUCUUUUUUGAAGACCCAGGCGAAGAGCUUUUACUCAUUGAUUUCAAAUCUGCAAACUCGUUAUAGAAAUUCUAUACUUAACCGUAUUUCCCCCCUCUAA